AUGGAUCCCGCGGAGGACUGGUUAGUGGAAUCCUUGCGCUUGUACCAGGAUUUCCAUGCAUUCGAUCUCUCAGGAGCCACUCGAGUUCUUGAAUGGAUUGGUAACAAAGGAGUCUUUGUAGCUGGCUAUGAAAACCUGAAAAAAAAUGAAAUUCUUCAUCUGAUACUACCUCUCAGACUUUCUGUAAAAGAAAAUCAGGGUUUAUUCCCAGAAAGAGAUUUCAAAGUACACCAUGGAGGAUUUUCAGACCAGUCUGUCUUUGACUUAAAGCAUGUGCCAGAUACCAGAUUGCUGGUGACCAGUGGCCUUCCAGGUUGUUACCUGCAGGUAUGGCAGGUUGCAGAGGACAGCGAUGUCAUUAAAGCUGUCAGCACCAUUGCUGUGCAUGAGAAAGACGGGAGCCUCUGGCCCAGGGUAGCCAUCUCCUCCUCAAUGGCACCUGGAGUCCUCCAUGGGGUGAGGCUCAGCAGUCUGAAGAUUGUGGAUCUGGAAUCCCAGAAGACCACAUACACCUCAGACAUCAGUGACAGUGAGGAGCUGAGUAGCCUGCAGGUCCUGGAUGCAGACACCUUUGCCUUCUGCUGCACCUCGGGCCGGCUGGGACUUGUUGACAUCCGCCAAAAGUGGGCACCGUCAGAGAAUCUCAGCCGCAGCCCUGCGUCUGGUGGAGAGAGAUGGUAUGCAGAAAUUGGAGUCAGGGGCCAGAGCCCUGGGCCCAACAUUGCCUGCCUUGGCUCAGGUGGGCAGCUCCGUCUCCUUGACUCCCGGAAUCUUUGCCAUCCUGUGAGCUCAGUCCAGUGCCCAGUGUCCACACCUAGCCCCGACCCAGAGCUGCUGCGAGUGACUUGGGCCCCAGGCCUGGACAACUGCUUAGCCAUUUCAGGUUUUGAUGGGACAGUCCAGGUCUAUGAUGUCACGUCUUGGGAUGGAAUAGGGAGCCAAGUAGAACCUCUCUUUACUCACAGAGGUCACAUCUUCCUAGACGGAAACGAGACGGACACUUCUCCACUGGUCACCACCCACACCUGGCACCCCUCCAAACCAAGGACUUUGUUAUCGGCAGCAAGUGACGCCUCUCUGCAUGUGUGGGACUGGGUGGACCUUCGUGUCUCCUGCUGACACGAGAGUCUUUCUGCCCAGGUCUCUAGGAGGAGGAGCUGUUGUAAUAGCAAGGACACUGACAUAGGACUCAACUGAGUCCUUGUUCCCAACCUGGGACUUCCCCCAGAGUUAAAACAGCAGCGAUUUGUCCCUGGUCGUCUUCACAGUAUCAUAGAAUCAAGAGCUAAUGAAUGUAAACAUGUUCUGUGAACUUUUUUACAGAAUAAAAAAAAGUAUAAGGGCCAAUAAAUAUGAAAAAAAUGUCAAGCCCAGUAGCAAUUAAGGAAUAGCAAUUAAAACAAGGUUAUGCUGGUUCUGCCUACUGAAUUACCCAAUGUUAAAACAUAAUUGCUUUAUGGCCGGUUAGCACACUCGGGAGAGCGUGGUGCUGACAACACCAAGUCAAGGGUUAAGAUCCCUUUACCGGUCAUCUUUAAAAAAAAAAAAACAUAAUUGCUUUGAAGAGCUAAGAGAGCUUACGCGAUACAUGGCACAGAAGGGCAGAGGAGCCGCAUGGUUCUUCGUCCAGCUGUGGGAUGUACCAUUGUUGAGUUAAUGUAUCCAAUGCACCGUUAAAUGACUAUUAAAAUUUUCUAAUCUUUUGCUGUUACAGAUAGUGUGAUGAACAGCUUUUGUACCUGUGAGCAAUAUGUCUUUAGGAUAAAUUUCUAAAACUAGAAUUGCUGAGGCAGAGAAUAUAUGCAUGUUUAGGUUUUAUGAAUACUGCCAUAGUGCCCUCCAUAGAGAUUUUGCCAUUUUGUGCCCCCACCAGCAAUGAUGGGUCUGUUUCCGUCCUCACUGACAAAGUCUGUUUAGUGGCUUUGUGACCUUUGCCCGUCUGAUAAAUGAAAAAUCAUUACUUGUAA